UCUCUCUCUCUCUCUCUCUCUCUCUCUUUGCAGCAGAGAAUUUGCCCUUUUCCAAUUCCAAUUCCAAUUUCAAUUCAGAGAUUGCAUUUUCCCCAAUUCGUAUUCGGAGAAACCCUAGCAUUCAGAUCAAUUUACAGACUUUAAUUUCUCAAUUUUUCUUACGACAAUGACACAAGACGUUGAGAUGAAGGAGCAGCCGGAGCAGCCUACGCCGUCCAGUUCACUCACCUCCCCUUCUCCGUCCACUCUUCAGUGUUUGAAGGAUAUUGCUGCACUGAUUGAGACGGGGGCUUACACACGGGAAGUCAGAAGGAUUGUGAGGGCUAUUCGGUGGACGAUUCAGCUGAGAAAAAAUCUGAAGGCCUCUGUGCUUUCUGCAUUUCUCAAUUUCGCCCUUGUGCCUGGAUCUGAUGUGCAUUCGCGCUUGUCUUCAUAUGUUCCUAAGGAGGAUGGGCAUGAUAUGGAAGUUGAUAGUGCAACAUCUGCCCCAACAAAACACUCUUUGCCAGAGCUCGAGAUCUUCUGCUAUUUGGUGGUUCUAAUAUUUUUGAUUGAUCAGAAGAGAUAUAGCGAGGCGAAGGCUUGCUCUUCUGGUGGCAUUGCUCGUCUGAGGAACCUUAAUAGAAGAACUGUUGAUGUACUAGCAUCCAGGCUUUAUUAUUACUACUCCUUAAGCUAUGAACUUACUGGUGAUCUCGCUGAAAUACGAGGUAAUCUUCUUGCUUUGCACCGAACGGCAACUCUUCGCCAUGAUGAGUUAGGGCAGGAAACUCUUCUCAAUUUAUUGUUGAGGAAUUACCUCCAUUACAACUUGUAUGAUCAAGCGGAGAAAUUGAGAUCAAAGGCUCCUCGUUUUGAAGCUCACUCAAACCAACAGUUCUGUCGGUACCUGUUUUAUCUUGGAAAGAUAAGGACAAUUCAGUUGGAGUACACUGAUGCUAAAGAGUCCCUACUCCAAGCUGCUAGGAAAGCACCCAUUUCUGCUCUUGGAUUCCGAGUUCAAUGCAACAAAUGGGCCGUGAUUGUCCGCCUCCUACUUGGGGAGAUUCCAGAAAGAACUGUUUUUAUGCAGAAAGGGAUGGAAAAAGCACUGAGGCCAUACUUUGAGCUUACAAAUGCUGUUCGGAUUGGAGACUUGGAGCUCUUUAAGUCGGUGGCCGAGAAGUUCGCCACCACCUUCAGUUCCGACGGAACAAAGAAUUUAAUAGUUCGGCUACGGCACAAUGUAAUCAGAACUGGCUUACGCAACAUUAGCAUCUCAUACUCGAAGAUUUCACUAGUCGAUGUUGCCAAGAAGCUAAGAUUGGAUUCGCCAAAUCCAAUUGCAGAUGCCGAAAGUAUUGUGUCGAAAGCAAUUAGAGACGGCGCAAUUGAUGCGACAUUGGAUCAUGGUAAUGGAUGGAUGCUAUCAAAGGAAACUGGAGAUAUUUACUCCACAAACGAGCCUCAAAUUGCUUUUAAUUCGAGGAUUGCCUUUUGUCUGAAUAUGCACAACGAAGCGGUGCGGGCCCUACGUUUUCCACCUAAUUCGCACAAGGAAAAGGAGAGUGCAGAGAAAAGGAGAGAGAGACAACUGCAAGAGCAAGAGCUUGCUAAACAUAUAGCUGAAGAAGAUGAUGAUGAAUUCUGAUGCGUGUUCGUAAGGUUUGUUUGUUCGUUGCCCUAUUAAUUAUCUCUCUCUCAAAAUUUUUUUGCACGAAAAAUUAUCAAAUUGCGUUCGAUGAUUAUAUAUGAUGUUUCGUUUUCGGACUUUAAUCACAUGAUCAACCAAAAACUCUAAUAGGGAGCUUGGAAUUUCUAAUGUUAUUCCAUCAUAUAUGAAUUAAGAGUUUGUAACUUUGACUUGAAUGUUUAAAACUCUAAAAGGGAACAUGGAAGCACAGGCAGAACCAGGGUUCUGACCGGGUCAGUGAGCCGAUAAUAAUAUCGUACAGCAAAUAUUGAUUUUAA